CGCACAGGCUCCCUGCCCGACGGCCGUCCUAUUCCCCACCAGAGCGAGCGGUGGCGGCUGGAGUCGCAGACCGCCGCCCCCUCAACACCCCCCUCCCCGUCUGCGUCCCGGCAGAAGAAACGCGGGGGGGAAGAAAUGGCGUCCUCGCCGGUAGCGGUGAAUGCCGAGGCGGCUCUCGACCCGGCUAGCGGCGGCGGGCAGCCGGAGCAGGAGUGGCUGUUGCGGCGCGGGGAACUCCUGGCGCUGGGCAACCACCUGAAAGGGGCUCUGGAGACGUACUCGGCGGCGCUGCGCCUCGCCCCGCCGCCCCCCUCCGGCUCGCGGCGCCUCCUGGGCACCCUGGCGGACUGCCUCGACGGGCAGAAAGCUGGGGAGGGCGAAGAGCAGCCGCCACCGGCGCCCCCCAGCCGGGCGGCGGAGCUCUUCCGCUGCUGCGGCUGCUUCGGCUUCCUGGACGAGCCGGUGACGGCGUCGUGCGGGCACACCUACUGCCGCCGCUGCCUGCGGGAGAGGCUCCACGCCCGCUGCCGUCACUGCGGGGACCCGCUCCGGGGGACGUCGGUCGCCGUCGUCCUCGCGCACCUGGGGGAGAAGUGGUUCCCGGCGGAGUGCGCGAGGGGCCGGACGUGGCGCCGGCUCGGCGAAUUGCUGAGGCAGGGGCGGCCCCGCGUGGCUCGAGAAUCCGCCGACCAGGCCCUCCGAAAGGAUCCCAGUGAUUUAAUGUUAAGAAUUUACAGAGCUGAAUCUUAUGCUGGUCUCCAAGAAUUUAAAUCUGCACUAGAUGAACUGAAUGCUGUUACUGCUAAAAUGCCAAACUGGCCUGAGGUAUAUUUCAGAAGAGCAACAGUACUUAAUAAUGCUGGUUCUGUAGAAGAUGCCUUACAGGUCUUUCUUCACUGCCUAUCACUUGAUGAAGGAUUUAUUCUAGCAAAACUAGAAGUAGAAAAGAUAUUGUGCAAUUUGCUGUCACCAGAAAACGUGAAUAAGGGUUUGAAAGAAUCCGCUUUGAAUUCUUCAUAUGAUCGAAAUAAACAGCUUAUGCACAGCUCUGAAUUUGAAAUGGAAGAACCUUGUGAUUGUUUACAGCUCACCCCAGUGUCGGACUUAGAAGUGCCACAAGUUACAUUAGACACUGUUGGAGGAAAUUUGCAACGUGCCCAGUCUGCACAUUCUCUUGAUUCAGUAGAAAAAGAUGCCAAAGAUGAUGGAUUAAAAAGAGUUUCUUCUGAACCAUUCCUUUCUGGCCAAGAGAAAGGUGCUUUUUUAAAAAGGAAGUUGUCCUUUUCUGAACAAGAUAUCACUUUUUGUGAAGAUGGAAGGAAUAAACAUAAAAAAGGAGAAACUCCAAAAGGGAAUGCUACCUUUUCACUCAGUUGUGGAGCAGUUCCAGAAAAUUUGGUUGAUGUAGCAGAUUUUGAAUGCUCAUUGUGUUUGAGGCUUUUCUUUCAUCCUGUGACCACACCCUGUGGUCACACAUUCUGCAAAACCUGUUUACAGCGCUGUUUGGACCAUGCUCCUCAGUGUCCCCUCUGUAAAGAAAGCUUAAAAGAGUUUCUGGCACGUAGGGAGUACAGCACUACACAGUUGUUAGAAGAACUAAUAGUGAAGUAUUUGCCUACUGAAUUAUCUGAGAGAAAAAGAAUUAAUGACGAAGAAAUAGCUGAACUCUCAAGCUUGACCAAGAGUGUUCCUAUCUUUGUUUGCACUAUGGCCUACCCAACUGUGCCUUGCCCCCUCCAUGUGUUUGAGCCAAGAUACAGACUGAUGAUUCGAAGAAGUAUAGAAACUGGGACAAAACAAUUUGGAAUGUGUGUACAUGAUCCCCAAAAUGGAUUUGCAGAUUAUGGCUGCAUGUUGUACAUAAGAAAUCUUGACUAUCUGCCAGAUGGACGAUCUGUUGUGGAUACAAUUGGAUUAAAGAGAUUCCGAGUUAUUCAGAAAGGGAUGAAGGAUGGUUAUUGCACUGCAGACAUUGAGGAUUUAGAAGAUAUAAAGAUUAAAGAUGAAGGUGAGAUGAGAAAACUCCAAGAACUCCAUAAUUUUGUAUACAACCAGGCUUGUAGCUGGUUUCAAAGUUUAAGAAAUAAAUUUCAUAGCCAAAUACUCCAGCACUUUGGUCCGAUGCCAGAGAAGGAAGAAAACAUACAGGAAACCGCUAAUGGACCUGCUUGGUGUUGGUGGCUUCUAGCUGUUCUCCCUGUGGACCCUAGAUACCAGCUUUCAGUGCUUUCUAUGAGAUCUUUGAGAGAACGUUUGAUAAAAAUUCAAGCUAUAUUGACCUAUUUCUCCAGAGACCAGUCCAAAUGAUUUCCUGGACCUUAAUAAAACAUUCUGGCUGUAAUGUCAGCUGAUUUUUUUUCUUGCAGAAUUUGCACUUUUAGUACUGAUUUGAGAACUAUUAGGAAUAUUUUUCCUGUAUCAAUAAUUGUUCACAAGGACCACUUCAGUUAGAAGAAUGCCAUUAACAUUGCACACACAAAAUUAAUCUAGCAGCAGAAUGUUUAUUUGCACUAUAUACAAAUGGGAAUGUAUCAUAUUAUUGUCAAAAUGUUUCCACUGACUAUAACGAGUGGUGGAAAGUGCAAGAUUUAAAAUUUGUCAAUUCAAGUUUACAGUAUUGAUGAAUUCAAAAUCUUGCAAAUCAGAAUUUGUCUCAGCUACAGCAGCACCUUGUUGCUAUUUGCACAAGUAUUUAAAUGUAAUACUGACUGUUGCUAUAGCAAAAAAAUGUUUUAAAUACUUAAAUGUAAAUUUAGCACAAUUUUCUUGCAAAAUUAUUGUAUGAAUUUGGAGCCAUGUUAAAGAACAGUUGAAAAAUAUUUCAAAGCUGUUGCCACUGUGACUAUGUUACCUAUAGUUAGAAUUUGAGAGAGAUUAGAAUUAGACAUAGAUGACUACUAGUGAAUGUUAUUUGGAGUUAAUUGAAGGAUUAAACAAUCUCUCCAGUAUGUAACAAAAUAAAACAAAAAGCAGGCAUAGCAACACUGGUGGUCUCUGAUGGAGAAACCUUCAGCAGGAACAGGCCUUGUGGACUCCUGUUAGCUAUGAGAGGAAAAACUAGAGGUUUCCUUUCCUGACCUGGUUCCCAUGAGAAAUCAUUUAUCUACAUCAGUUUCAUGACUUCUGAAGCCUCCCUAUUUGGAGCAAAUCAGGCACAGUCACGGGAGCUGUGUGAUUUUGUGGUAACUUCUGGUACUUUUCUAAUGCUAGAAAAAGUUGGUGGGACACCAGGAGGAUGUUUUCAGAGUCAGAUUUCUUCCUCCAAGGUUGGAUCUUUAUUUCCAACCUUGGAGGGAGAAAUUUCAUGUAUCCCAUACCUUCUGGACUAUGUGUUCUCCAACACCCUAGCUUUGCAGUUAACAGAAAAAUCAUUCCUAAAUCUACACCCAUAAUACCAAGACUAGUUACAAAGUCUGCAUUUGGAAAAACAAUCAGUGAUUUUUAAAAAAUUUGCUGUGUCCCAUUAACUGCUCUUACAUGUAAGAUGCCCGUGUUUUGGAACUGUUGAAGUAUCCUUUUUUAAAUACUAAUUUCUGGAAAGCAAGUUUGGAAACCCAGAUUUCCAUGCCUUAUUAGUAUCAAAUUAUUCUGCAGCACACAAGAUGGCAGUCUGCUUGCCAAUAGGUUCAUUUUGUAAUUUGUUUUUAAAAUGUCUGUCUUGAAUGUGACUCAUUUUAUGAACUUAUUUCUUUAAAAAUCUUGCUUUUGCUAAUAUUUAAUUUUCAAUAAACCUAAAAUUAGUAUUUUUAA